GCCGGGAAAUCCGUACGCCGAAUGGUCAAACGGAUUUUCGUAGCAGUUGGUUUCAAAUCACAAUCGAAACAGAACAGACCGGGUAGUCAACGAAUAACGAACGAACGAUCUUUUGUGUUAAGUAGUGAAUCUUAGUCAAUCUUAUGAUAGUGCAAAUGCUGUGAUUAAUAAUAAUAAAGUAACGGUCAAUCUAAAACAACCAGCUUUACCUAUUGUGUUCAUGUAUUGGCUAAAAUGGAUGAGGAAACGUUCCUAACACCACGCAAGAUUUUCCAGAACGCCUUCAAUGCGGCCCGGAAAUCGACCACCGGAACCGGUUCGCCUUCGGUUGCCGUGUACACGCCAAAAUCUUUGUCUCGGACAGCAGCGGGAACCGGUCGGUUCAAUUUACUACCGGUCAUGCAGACACCCCCAAGUCGGUUGGUAAACGGAAAAGUGAUAAAUCCGUUUGAGGCUCACCUUGCGGAGCGGUUGCACCUGCCCCUAAUUUGUAGUCCAUCGUUAUUUCACCGUCCAAGUACGCCACAUAGCGGAAAUCCGCAGCAGUUCGAGUGGACCAUCGACGAGGUUUCGUACCUGGGUCCGGCCAAUGUCGAACCGCACGAAACACAGUUCAUGGACACGCCCGAUCCUGUGUUGGAAGCAAAGGCGCAAGCGGCGAUCAGUGCGUAUUUCAGCGAGCAAAAUAUAGUUCCUAGUCCAAUAGACUGCCAACUGCGGAAGCAGAAGAUUAUUCUUAAUAGUGACUGUUCAGAAAACAUCAGCUUUGUUGGUCGAAGUUCCAAGCGAAAGCGGGAUGGGAUUACUCAAACCGUGCUCACAUUCCCACCCAUUUUACCCAGAGAAAUUGAGGAACUGUUGGCUCCUUUCUGCUCGUAUCACAAUAACCAGCAACAAAAUCACGCAAAGGCCAACGAUUCGGACGCGAGCAUUGAUCACGAAGCCAGAGACGCAUCUUUGCGACGUAAGUUGUUCAACUGUAUGAACGCGUCAACUGCAACGGGAUCGGAUCGGGAUGAUUCUCUGGAGCAGUUAGACCUGCGCUCGCUGAGCCCAGCACCGGUGACUCCGGAACUCGAUAAAGGAUUGGUGCAAAACUUGAAACGAUCUCGCUGCUUUGGUUCACAGGAGAUACAGAUCGCUCCGGGCGACAUUUCCAUCAGUCCGGUUGUGGCCAAGGAAUCAUUUGGUGCACUGUCUCCGAUCUCCAAGAGCUCGACUUCUCCGUCACCGAUGAAGCCAGCUUCGAAUUCAACCGAACUGCCAGAUCACGAUGCAAUUUACCGCAGCACGCCCGAGAAACCGAAUAGCACUGUUUUCCAACUAAACUGUAGCAGUGUGAACAGCCAUCAUAUGUCGGUGGAGCUGAGCGAGAGCUUCCGUGGCGAAAAACACGCCGACACAACGGUUGAGUUUACAGAGGAGGAGCUGUCCUACGAGGACAAAGCGUUUGGUUCAUCACAAUCAACGUCCUCGGUGUCCCAGCAUCCUACGACUCCACUGCGUCACACAUCCAGAGAGAAACGUUGCAACAGGAAGAAUCUAUCACGCUCCUUCCUACUGUACUCGGACGAAGAUCGUCUGGAAGAGGAGAACGAGGAACAACAACUACUGGUCAACGAGUUACCCCAACGAAGUUUUAGUGUCAUCGGCGAUACGGAGAAGGGUAAUAUUCUGCCAACAACGACAACGGCCUCCGAUGAUGGCAAACGUGUAACCAAGUCACCAUCGAGACAAAUUGGCAGCGGACACUUUUACCGCAUGGACAGUGGAUUCAACGAUGAGGAGACGCGCGGAAGCCAAGAGACUGUCGAUUACUGUGAGACUGAUGUUUCAAUGCAAUCCGAAUGCUGCGAGAGCCGAUCAAUUCCACGAAUGUUAGAGACGGUAUCCGACGGGCAGCAUCAUACGGGUUGUACCAUAAGACUGUGAAUACAGGGAAUCAUUUAUGAGAUUAAUUUCGUUCCGAAUGCAACGAAUAGUUUAUAUUUGUAAGGGAAUUUUAUGGAACACUAGAAGUAGGAAAUAGUAUGAAUUCGAAGGAUUUUUGACAUUUUUUGUAAGUAUUUGCCUUAUUAUUGAUAACUAGUAUCUUCCUUACAAAUGAGUUCGCUUGUGAAUUUUAAUUAGCGCUGUAAAUUUCUAAUUUGAUUCUAUACUA